GAAAAGCCACAUCAACACAGAAGAAAACAACGACGACACGAUACGAAGCUUCCUCAGUCCAAUUUUCGCCUACAUUUAAGCCACAUUUGAAUUAUUUGACACCACAAAUCACAAAAAUGACCACAGAAAGUCCCAGCGUGGAGGUCAGCGUUGACGAGAGUCUCAGCGGAAACAUGGAAACGCCGAAAGAGGAGCCAAAACCUGGGGUUACCUCGUACUUUACACGCAUGCCAAAUUUGUAUGAGUUUCUAAGAACGAGCCGACAAAACCUCCGACCCUGGAGUCAAUUUGUCUCCACGACAAAUUUCAAGACAGUUUCGAAUGUUUCGCGACUCAGCAACCGAAUGGUACGCAAUGUCACGUACUUUGCCAGCAACUAUCUCUGUGUUUUCCUCGGAUUGGUAGUUUAUUGUCUACUCACAUCACCGUUGAUCCUAAUUGUAAUUUGUGGCACAUUUUACCUGUCUUACAAGAUUAAACAAGGCGCCUUUCCCGUUCCGACGAUAUUUGGCAAGCAGUUGAACACAAAUCAGCAGUGUUUGUUGGUCAAUAUCGCGAGUGUGCCGAUUUUGUAUUUGUUUGGAGGCGGCAGUGCCCUGUUUUGGGUGAUUGGUGCCUCGGUAUUUUUCAUUUCGUUGCAUGCGGCCUUCUAUAACAUCGAUGCGAUAGUGACGGAGGAAGCGGAGACCUUCUUGGAUGAGGUCGUUUAAACGCGAAAACCCACGAAAGCUCUAUGACAAAGUCAAUUUUUGAUCCUAAAAGCAAGAAUUUCAACAAUUAUUAUUAUUAAUAUGCAAGAAUUUUAUUAAAUAUAGAAAAACAAACAAAUAUAUUUCUCUACUUCACGCAGA